CACACGAACAAAACACACCAAAAGUCCGUAGUAGAUAGAUAUACAUACACCGCUUGCAUAUUCCACACACACACACAAUGAAAUUCACGGCCGCACUCGUUUCUCUCUCGGUGGCUUCGGUUUCGGCCUUUGCCCCUCUCUCCACAACAACCACUUCCACGACCCUCUCCGCGAAAAUCGACGGCCGAACGGUCGAAUCCGGUACGGUCGUCCCCACGAACAACUUCAUCCUCGUCAAGGUUGCUCCCGCCGUCGAAGAAACCGAGGGCGGAAUCCUUCUGACCGGCAAGGCCAAGGUCCAGAAGACGGAGGGAUCGGUCGUCAGCACUGGGCCCGGAAAGACGCACCCCGACACCGGGGUUCUCUUCGAGAUGCCCAUCUCCGCCGGCGACAACGUCGUCUACGGGACCUACGACGGAACCGAGAUCGACAUCGACGGCGAAAAGCACACGCUCAUUCGCGACGACGACGUCCUGGUCCGGUUCGAGGGAGACGAACUCACGCUCGACUCGUGCAGCACCAUCCAGGACGCCGUCCUGGUCUACGUCGAGACAAAGGAGGUCGCCACCGAGGGAGGAAUCCUCCUGGCAGCGUCGUCCAAGACCGAGAGCAGGCCAUCCACCGGAAAGGUCGUCAAGGUCGGACCGGGACGGUGUGCCACCAAUGGCGAACGCAUGGAAAUGGAGAUCGAAGAGGGGGAUUUCAUCAAGUUCCGGGACUACGCCGGAAACGAAGUCGAGAUCGAGGGAGAGGACUACACCGUUGUCCGCGCAUUGGACAUCCUCGCCAAGUUUUAGAAACCGUGCGUCUUUUCUUUGGUUUGUUCAUUGCGUGGCAUCCGAACCAAACCAAACUAAACCAGACCAAACCAA